GCACACACAACAUUCAGGGACGAUAAUUCUGAUCCUCUAAAGGUUUGAACAUUUUCACAUCUACAAGCAAUACACAGUGAUUGAUUGGUCCUUUUUGAUAAGUAUUCACACCUUUUCUUUGAUACUUGAACUGGAACACUCUCAUAAUACCACACAACUGAGGCCAUCACAUCGGCAUAUGGCUUUUAUAUGUCAAAAUGCGACUAAACAUCUUACAUAAUUCACCAUUUCCCAAAAGAAGCCUGCAGACAUCAUAUGCACAUUUUGGAGAUGAGGGAAAUAUUCAAAGUGAUUUAUUUUGUCAAAUAUACAAUAUACAAGAAAAUGUUUCCGUAUUUAAACCAUCCCUAAGGAGGCAUUACUCAAGGGAACCGAUUGAAAAUUGACGUUAAUUUUUUUUAAAUUGUUAGAGAAACUGGAGAACUCUAAUCAAUAAAUACUUAGGUGUAUAUAGAACAAUAUAUAUUUCCAUUUGAAUAUCAUCUGUUUUUUUCCUAUGUAACGUAACAAACUAUACCGUAAUUUCUCACAAUUUCUUCCAAAAAUAUUUUCAAAAAGUCAAUGGAGUGCAUUAUAUUUAGGUAGUAAUCACAUUGUAUAGUCGUAUACAGGUAAAAAAAAAAAAAAAAGUCAAUAAAAAAUGGCAAUAUGAUAGUCGAUGUCUUGUGUGACACAUUUAUAUAACUUACGGUAAGGUGUAACCACCAACCUGAACUCUGUCCUCCUCGGGCGGAGCAUAACAUUUUACUAUCGUUAGUGUAGCAUAUUUGUCGCUACUGCAUCAAACAUCAGAAACGACUGCCAGUGAGCUUGUUUUAACUUUAACUAUGACAAAAACUGUCGAUUACAAGGGCUAGUUGUGCAGCCGUUUUUAAAAGAAAUGUGUAAUCACUACAGCCGAUGACGCGGCCAAACCGCAAGCAAAACAACAUGAGCUGAAACUACAUAGUACAAUUGUAAUGGUCACAUUUAAAAUCAAAACGGGAUAGCGGACACAGUUGAAAUGCUCGCUUUGUUUUAAAAGUGCCCAUUACGCUCAUUUAUGCGUAGUUUCAGCUCUUGUUUUGAUAGUGACCUGACGCUAUGAAGAGCUGCUACAGAUUGUAGCCAAAUGGGGGCAAGAGGCUGUAACAGCACAGCCUACAGUGGACCUUCCCCUCAAAGCGGUGACAACAAUGAGGAAUAUCGGGAACCAAGACUCUUGAGAUUCAAAAAAUGUUUGCUCACAAAUGCCAUGGAUGGCAUAGAGGAUGACAUGCUGUGGGAGCAGGAUGGGAUCAAUGUUCAUGAAUGCAGGAGGCACCAGAAUUGGACCAAGUCAUCAAUGAUGAGUUUGACAUUGAUGCACCAAAGGUUUGAGACCAGUGGUAUGGGGGAAACAAGGACAAAGGAUGUACUACUAGAUGAGGAGGAUGACCUGUGGUUGACUCUGAGACAUAAACACAUUGCUGAAGUUUCAACAGCUGUGACUCGCCAUCUGAAAGAGUUUUCUGCCAGCAAAAAAAUGAACACAGGAGAAAAGACUACAAUGAAGGAACUGUCUCAGAUGCUGAAGAAAAUGCCCCAGUAUCAAAAGGAGCUGAGCAAAAGUCAAAGGAAGACCGAGCAGCCACAUACAUUGCAUCUGCAGUUGAAUCCCACAAGGAUAUCCGAAGCUCACUGUACAUGUCAAGCAGGUGUUUCUGGAUCCUGUUCACAUAUUGUUGGGCUGGUAAUAGCAUUACAACAAUGGCAGAUGAUGGGCUUCACAGAAGUGCCAUCUAGACUGGCAUGCACAUCUCUUCCAGAGCAAUGGAGCAAGCCAAGAGGUCAGAAGAUUGAGCCAGCUGCAGUUCCACAAGUUGUAUUUGUCAACCCCAAACUUGUAAGAAAGAAAAGACCUGUGAGGAACACACUGACAGACUGCAGAAACAUUAAAGUACACAAAAAAGAUAUUGAUCACUUAAAGUCUUUGGAAGAGUGUUCAAUGGCCUAUGUGGUGUCCAGCCCAAGACUGACAUUGAACACUCAUCUGGGUACAGUGCCUGUUGCCAGUGGUCUUGCAACAUCUGCCACGUUCUUUGAACUAGAAGAUGCAAAGACAGUUGGGACCUGUUGUGGAAACCUAGCCUUCCCUCAAUCGGCAAAAGUUACCCCAGCUGAUUUAUUCAAGACAUGGUUCACUGAACUACAUCAAGAACAGUGUAUCAAGAUUGAAGAAAGCACAAGGGACCAAGCCAACAGUACUCUGUGGCACACAGAAAGAAAAAAACGUCUGACAGCAUCAAAUUUUGGAGCAAUUCUGCAAAGAAAGAAAAUUACCGACAAAUUUCUGAUGGAAUUAAUAGACCCAAAGCGUUUCAGCUCAGUGCAAACUUCGUAUGGACAAAAAAAUGUAAAAGUGGCAGUUGCACAAUAUAUUAAGAGUACAGGAAACCAUGUGCAUGAUUGUGGACUAAUAGUAAAUCCCAAAUUUCCUUAUCUUGGAUCAACACCCGAUUCCAAAGUGUGCUCUAAUGGAAUUACAGGACUCCUUGAGGUCAAAUGCCCCUACUCUGCACGCGAUGUUACUGUACAAGAAGCCAACUCUUCAGACAGUUUCUGUUUGGGAAAUAAUUAUGGACAAUUGAGGCUCAAAAGUAAUCACAACUAUUACUACCAAGUACAAGGACAGCUGCUCACAUCUGGAGCUGAGUUUUGUGAUUUUGUGGUCUACACAAGAGUAGACCUAUUUGUUCAAAGAAUAUACCCAAACAUUGACUUCAUGGAGAAUAUGUUGAAUAAGCUGAGUCAAUUUUAUUUCCAACAUGUACAGUCUUAUAUCAGAAGACAUUCAACUGACCCAUGAAUUUCUUUUUAGCGUUGUUUACAUUUGUGUCACAUAGGAUGUUUGUGUUUUUCCCUAUAUUGAUCAUAAACUUCGUUUUGUUGUAACUUGAAUAAAGAAACAUCUUACAUCUUGAA